AUGGAGGCCGUCGAGGCGGGCGCGCGGGCCACCUUCGGAGCCUGGGACUACGCGGUCUUCGCGCUCAUGCUGCUGGUGUCCACCGGCAUCGGGCUGUGGGUCGGGCUGGCUCGCGGCGGGCAGCGCAGCGCCGAGGACUUCUUCACCGGAGGCCGGCGCCUGGCGGCCCUGCCCGUGGGCCUGUCGCUGGCCGCCAGCUUCAUGUCUGCCGUGCAGGUGCUGGGCGUGCCGGCCGAGGCCUACCGCCACGGCCUCAAGUUCCUCUGGAUGUGCCUGGGCCAGCUGCUCAACUCCCUGCUGACCGCCGCGCUCUUCCUGCCCGUCUUCUACCGCCUGGGCCUCACCAGCACCUACGAGUACCUGGAGCUGCGCUUCAGCCGCACCGUGCGGCUCUGCGGGACCCUGCAGUACCUGGUGGCCACGACGCUGUACACCGGCAUCGUGAUCUACGCACCUGCGCUCAUCCUGAACCAAGUGACCGGGCUGGACAUCUGGGCGUCGCUCCUGUCCACUGGGAUUAUCUGCACCUUCUAUACGGCUGUGGGCGGCAUGAAGGCCGUGGUUUGGACUGACGUGUUCCAGGUCGUGGUGAUGCUGUCUGGCUUCUGGGUGGUCCUGGCCCGCAGUGCCACGCUCGCGGGUGGGCCCUGGCACGUGCUCCAGUUUGCCCAGAACCACUCCCGCAUUAACCUGCUGGACUUUGACCCUGACCCGAGAAGCCGCUAUACAUUCUGGACAUUUGUGGUAGGCGGCACUUUGCUGUGGCUCUCGAUGUACGGUGUGAACCAGGCACAGGUGCAGCGCUAUGUGGCCUGCCGCACAGAGAGGCAGGCCAAGCUGGCCCUGCUCAUCAACCAGCUGGGCCUGUUCCUGAUCGUGUCCAGUGCUGCCGUCUGCGGCCUCGUCAUGUUCGUGUUCUACAGUGGCUGUGACCCUCUCCUCACAGGGCGAAUCUCCGCCCCAGACCAGUACAUGCCCCUGCUGGUGCUGGACAUUUUCGGCGGCCUCCCUGGCGUCCCCGGGCUCUUCCUGGCCUGUGCCUACAGCGGCACCCUCAGCACGGCAUCCACUAGCAUCAAUGCCAUGGCCGCUGUCACCAUGGAAGACCUCGUCAAACCACGGCUGCCAAACCUGGCACCCAGGAAACUCGUCAUUGUCUCCAAGGGGCUCUCAAUCGUUUAUGGCUUGGCCUGUCUCAUCAUGGCGGCUUUGUCCUCGCUGCUGGGGGGAGGCGUCCUCCAGGGCUCCUUCACGGUCAUGGGUGUCAUCAGCGGCCCGCUCCUGGGAGCCUUCGUCCUGGGAAUGUUCCUGCCCGCGUGCAACACGCCGGGCGUCCUUGCCGGGCUGGGCGCGGGCCUGGCGCUGUCCCUGUGGGUGUCCGUGGGGGCCACGCUGUACCCGCCCAGCGCACAGACCAUGGGGGUCCUGCCGUCGUCCGCCGUCCGCUGCGCGGCUCCUUCGGCCAACGCCUCCGGCCUCCCGGACUCGCUGCUCCUCGCUGCCCAGGCCUCCAGCAGCAGCUCAGGAAUGGACCCCAGCCGACCCGCCUUAGCCGACAGCUUCUAUGCCGUCUCCUACCUCUACUACGGCGCCCUGGGCACGCUGACCACCGUGCUGUGCGGAGCCCUGGUCAGCUGCCUGACAGGCCCCACCAAGCGCAGCGCCCUGGGCCCCGGCUUGUUGUGGUGGGACCUCGCUCGGCAGACAGCAUCGGUGGCCCCCAAGGAGGAAGUGGCCAUCCUGGAUGACAGCUUGGUGAAGGGUGCUGAAGAACUCCUCCCUGGAACCAAGAAGCCCUCUUGCUUCCUGCCCACCGAUGAGAACCAGGUGGUCUUCCUGGGGCAGAAGGAGCUGGAGGGAGCCAGUUCCCAGAACCCCCGCAGUGGACGUGAUGGUGACACUCUACGGGAGACAAACCUCUGA